CCAGAAUAUCUUGUGACGACGGCACGCACCCUUUUGAUCCGCAAAGAGUUGAAAACAUCGUCGGAAAAUCAUGUAUGGUUUUGUCAAUCACGCUUUGGAAUUAUUAGUUAUAAAAAGUUUUGGAGAAGAAAUAUGGGAAACUAUAAAAAAAAAUGCGGAAUUACAAAUGGAAGGACAGUUUCUUGUGCGUCAGAUCUACGAAGAUGAAUUGACGUACAACUUGAUCGGAGCAGCAGUUGAAGUUUUGAAAAUUCCAGCGACAGCAAUUUUGGAACUUUUCGGUAAAACUUUCUUUGAAUUCUGUCAGGAUUCUGGCUAUGACAAAAUUCUACAAGUUUUGGGUGCUACCCCAAGAGAUUUCUUACAGAAUUUGGAUGCACUUCAUGAUCACUUGGGAACAUUGUAUCCCGGAAUGAAAGCUCCUUCAUUCCGUUGUACAGAACGUCCCGAAGACGGUGCACUCAUUCUGCAUUAUUAUUCAGACAGACCUUCAUUGGAAUAUAUUGUCAUCGGCAUCGUCAAGGCUGUUGCGAGUAAAUUACACGGAACUGAAGUGGAAGUGGAGAUUUUAAAGACCAAAGAAGAAUGUGAUCAUGUCCAAUUUUUGAUUACGGAAACUUCCGGGCCGGGAAAACAGCAAUUACCGGAAAUUGAUGAGAUUGAAACUCUUUCAUUAGAGCCUAAGGUAAGCGCGGCGACAUUUUGUCGAAUUUUCCCAUUCCACAUCAUGUUCGAUCGCGACUUGAAGAUUGUACAGAGUGGAUCAACUGUUGCGCGCAUCAUACCCGCUAUAAACUCAAACCAAUGCAAAGUUACCGACAUUUUAGACUUUGUGCGCCCACACCUGGAACUCACAUUUGGUAACAUCCUUUCUCACAUCAACACAAUCUACGUCCUGAAAACCCGCCCGGGAGUGAUGAAAGUAAACGCUCCACCUGAAUAUCGCACUCUGCGACUUAAAGGGCAGAUGAUGUACGUCCCGGAAACAGAUUUGGUCAUCUUUUUAUGCUAUCCAAGUGUAGUCAACCUUGAUGACUUAACCCGACGUGGGUUGUACAUAAGUGACAUCCCCUUACAUGAUGCCACAAGGGAUCUGGUCCUGAUGUCUGAACAAUUUGAAGCUGAUUAUAAACUCACCAGAAAUCUCGAGAUACUUACUGAUAAACUACAACAGACUUACCGGGAACUUGAUGAUGAAAAGAAGAAAACUGACAGUUUGCUGUAUUCAGUGUUGCCGAUAAGUGUGGCUAAUGAAUUACGCCAUCAGAGACCAGUCCCUGCUAAGAGAUACGACUGUGUCACUUUAUUAUUCUCUGGAAUCGUUGGUUUCUCGGCCAUUUGCGCCACCAGGACCGAUUCGGUUGGAGUGAUGAAGAUUGUUCAGAUGCUCAAUCAGUUGUAUACUGCUUUUGAUGUUUUGACAGAUCCAAAACGCAAUCCGAACAUAUACAAGGUGGAAACUGUGGGUGAUAAGUACAUGGCUGUUAGUGGUCUGCCUGAACCAUGUACCACCCAUGCACGGGAUAUGGCAAGACUAGCUUUGGAUAUGAUGGAUAUGAGCAGGGAUGUCUUUUUAGAUGGAGAAAAUGUGAAAAUUACAGUUGGUAUACAUUCUGGGGAAGUGGUAACUGGAGUGAUUGGUCAUCGCAUGCCACGUUACUGUCUGUUUGGCAACACUGUAAAUCUUACAAGCCGUACUGAAACCACAGGUGGACCAGGAAGAAUCAACGUUUCAGAAUCAGCUUAUAAGUAUUUGAACCUAGAGGAAAACUACGAUGAGCAGUUUGUGUUCACCUACAGGGGACCAGUCACAAUGAAGGGAAAGUCAGAACCAAUGGAUGUUUGGUAUCUCAACCGAAAAGAGUAAAAAGAGUAAAACAAUGGAUGCAGCUUUUAACUUUAUUUCAAUUGUUCACCAAAGUAUUUAAACACUUAGAGGAGAAAGAUUACAUUUUAAAACCAGCAAAUAUAGAUAUAAAUUAUAUGUAUAUGAUGUUUAAAUUACUAAAAUCUUAUAAAGUUCUAUGAUAUAAAUACAAAUAAGUUUAAUUUCAUGAAAAUUAGAUUUCAUUCGUUAUUUUUGGGAUAAUAUUCUAUUUUCCCACUAAUUCUUUAAAUAAAUGUAAAAAAAUGAAAUCAAA